AUUCAAAUUUUUAUUGAAAUGCUGCCACAGCAAAGAUAAACCACGCAAAAUCACUCAAAAUGCUCAGCUGGAUGAAUUUGUUUCUCAUUGAGCUUCGCACGGCUCUGCUGAUAUCAUUGCAGAAGUGAGGAAAAGACAAGUCGACACCCGCUAACUGUCUGUCCAGGAAAAAUGAAGGUGGAUGUGCAGGCAGGAGCCAUGACGGAGGACGGAAGAGACGGGCAGGGCUGGACGCAGCAGAGGAUGGAAACGGGUGGAGGAAUGGAGCAAGGUCAGGAAACAACUAAGUAAACACAGUGCUUUUAUAAUUCUCUGACUUUCAUUUCAAAACGCAUUUCAUCACUUAAACUCCUGCAGCUGCAACGCAGACAAGUUGUCACUGCUUAAUGUAAUGCAAUGUUAGGAUGCAAAGACGUGGUGGGGGGCUGGGGACAGAACGUUAUAACAGACAUAACCUUCCACCCUGUAGCACAUGUGUUACCAUGACAAGCUGUCACCAGGGGCAAUGAGAAAGAGUGAGGAGAGAGCAGAUUCCAGUUUAUUCUAAACGGUUGAAGCCAUGGCAAACUCAUGCUGAAGCUGUCAUGCUGGAAAUGGGAAGGGCCUUCUUUUCAUACUUGCACACAAAGUUGUGGCGCACUUUUGUCUAAGGUAUUGUUCGUAUUACAGGAAAAUGUGAUUUCAUUAGAACUAUGGGACUUUUCAAACAAGACGCAGCCACAGGUGAAACAAAUACAGCAGCAAAAGUGAACUUAAAGGGCUAAAAGUCACUGGAAUAUCCUCAGUAUGGCAAGAUUGAAAGACAAAACAGUUCUGCAAGUUGGUGAAUGUUUGUCCAUGUGGAACUGAAGGUGAACAGAUGCCAAUUUGAGGUAGUUAAAGUGGUCAUGCUGGUCUGAAUGAUACUGUUUAGGCUGUAUGUGUGUGUAGGUGGACAGUAGAGAGGAGUGCAUGGGUGGAGUGGUUUGCCAAAAUUGCAGUCAUAUCCCUCCAGCUCCUCUGCAUGUAUCUGGGGCGUGUACUGCCGUUAGAAAAAAGAAAAAAAAAACUCUCAGUCCUGCAACUCCUGCAGCCCCAGCGAGGCGGUCUGGAUUUUCAGUCAGGGGACGUUCAUCACCAUCAGCCAGCACAGCAGCUCUCCCUCUCUCUCUCUCUCUCUCUCUCUCUCUCUCUUUCUAACCCUCCCCCGGACACCCCCACAGUCUCUGCCUCUCUGUCCGUCGGUCUGUCUUCUCUCAACAAGCCCAGCAUCUCCUUUCUUUUCUCUGCUUAGCAAUCAUGUCCUCCAACGGCGCGGACGGGGACCUGCUGCGGAUCCCUCUGGGACUCAUCAACGACGACGGCAAGUAUCUGACGGCGGAGACCUUCGGCUUCAAGAUCAACGCCUCGGCCAGCAGCCUGAAGAAGAAGCAGACGUGGACCCUGGAGCAGACCGGGGAGGACGGCAGCGCGGUGUUCCUGCUCUCCCACCUGGGCCGCUACCUCGCCACGGACAAAGACGGCAACGUUACCGCGGACAGCGAGACGCGCGGAAAGGACUGCCGCUUCGUCAUCACGGUGCAUGAGGACGGGCGGUGGUCGCUGCAGUCCGAGCCCCACGGCCGCUUCCUGGGCGGCAGCGAGGACCGGAUCACCUGCUUUGCGCAAACCGCCUCUCCGGCGGAGAGAUGGAGCAUGCACCUGGCCGUCCACCCGCAGGUCAACCUCUACAGCUUUGCGCGCAAACGCUUCGCCCACCUGAGCGCGCAUGGGGAGCGGCAGGAGGUGUCCAUAGACCGGGACGUCCCCUGGGGCGUCGACUCGCUUGUGACACUGGUGUACCGGGAUCAGCGCUACCACCUGGAGACCUCGGACAACCGCUUCCUCCGCAACGACGGCAGCCUGUCCACCAAGACGGACAAGGAUACCGGCUACAUGCUGGAGUUCCGCUCCGGGAAAGUGGCAUUCCGCGACUGCAACGGCCGCUACCUGGCCCCGGCCGGCCCCACCGGCACCAUGAAGUCCGGGAAGAGCACCCGGGUGGGGAAGGAUGAACUGUUCGGCCUGGAGCGCAGCCACGCUCAGGUCGUGCUGACUGCAGGCAACGAGAGAAACGUCUCCACGAGGCAAGGCAUGGACCUGUCGGCCAAUCAGGACGAGGAAGGCGACCAGGAAGUCUUCCAGUUGGAGAUGAGCCGUGAGGACAGGAAAUGUGCCUUCAGAACUGCUGCUGGAAAAUACUGGACGCUGACAGCAACCGGAGGGCUGCAGUGCACUGCCUCCACCAAGUCUGCCAACUGUUACUUUGAACUGGAGUGGCGCGAUGGUCGGGUGUGUGUUCGUGCAUCCAACGGCAAGUAUGUGAUUGCAAAGAAGAACGGGCAGCUGGCUGCUACUGUAGACAAUACAGGGGAGGCUGAACAGUUCCUGAUGAAGCUGAUCAACCGUCCAAUCAUUGUCCUUCGCGGAGAGCACGGUUUCAUUGGAGCUCGUAAAGCUGGAAUGACGACUCUGGACUCCAACCGAGCAUCCUACGAUGUUUUCCAACUGGAGUUCCAUAACGGUGCUUACGCCCUCAAAGACUUCAUGGGGAAGUACUGGUGCGUUGGAGACGACACAGCGGUCGUGUGCAGCAGCUCAACGCCCGUCCAGUUCCUGCUCGAGUUCUGUGACCUCAACAAGAUGGCCAUUCGCGCUCUGGGUGGGAAGUACCUUAAAGGAGACCACGCCGGCGGGCUUAAGGCCAGCGUAGACUCCCUGGACAACGCCACCCUCUGGGAAUACUGAGAAUGCACAGCCAGACUUCUCCACUAUCUGACACAAUACUUCACACUAUUAAUAGAUACUGUAGGUAGCUGUUUUCUUUUUUCUUUUUUUGCAUACGUGUGUGUGCCUGUGUGUGUGUAGUUGUGAAUUUGUUUGGAUGGAUGUGUGGUGGAAACUGAAAUUGAUAAACUGGAAGUCAUGGCACCAAAGUGUUAGAUUUUUUUUUUUUUGAAAAUGUUCUUUCUCAGACAUGAUCUCUUCUUACUGGGCUUUUUACUGGAGUUUUGGGCGACUUGCUGUUUACUGAAUGCAUUAUAGUGGUUAUAUGGUUGCACAGUAUUUGUUUCACCUCCAGUCAAAUUUACACAAGCUGUACCUGAUAAACGUCAGGACAAUUGCUGUUAUUAGUUGUGCCUAUCUGUGGUAACUACUGGUGUAACAAACAUGUAGAAUGCUAUAACUCAUAUCUUACAAUAUCUAACCUUCUCCUGCUAAACGUCCUGCUGCCUCUGUACGCUGCUUACUCGUCUUUCAAGCUAUAAAACAUAAUGCACAUCUGAUAAAGGGAUGGUACCCAUUUACAUGCUUCCGCUGUAAAUAACGCUUUCUUUGUCGCUGAAUCAUUCAAAACACGGUAACCAUGGAAACAGAAAUGGGAUAUGGCUGGCAGAUCUAAUAUGUUUUGUCUGGUCACUAUCCAGUUUUCCUUCCUCGGUCGUAAAUGUGCAGACGACAAACUCUCUCUAGAGAUGCAACCUUGGAAAGUCCUGAGUGGUCCAAAGGUUUUCCUUCAACAAUGGAUCCACUCAGCGCUUGUUUCCUCAGAUCAGUACAUGGUUUCAGUCAUAGUCUAAGAUGAAACAAAUGCAACUGAAAAAGAAGCUUCGAAAUCCCCCCGCCCACCGAGUGGCGGGCGAGGCCUAGUUAGCGCACACAACACGCUCGAAUGCACAUAAAUACAUAUAAAUGUAGUCAUGAAUACACGAAUUCUAACUGUGAAAAUACAGCGAGUAAUAAUUAGCACAAUAAUAUAGGGUCCACUUGAACAAAUUUAAAAGCACACAUUUGUUAUGAUGAAAUGUUGGCCUUAGAUUGGUUGCUGCUGGUAUGUGUGUGUAUGUGUGUGUGCGUGCGUGUGUGUGUGUGUGUGUGUGUGUGUGUGUGUGUGUGUGUAGUCAUCUCUGGUUAUCAUUGUGGCUGUGCCUUCCAUAGAGCAUUCAAUCUUUUCUCUUUCAUGCUCUUACAUUUCAACUGAAUUGAGUAAAAGCUCCAAUAAAGUUUUCCUCUCAAUA